CACCAAGUUCCCAUUCACUCCUGUCACUGUGAAGAGUGAAGAUGAUGAAGAGAAAGAAUCCAGAGUGAGUCCAGCAGCCACAGUGGAGAUCUGCUGGAUUUCAGGACCAGAGAGGAAUGGAGGAGGACAACCAGAACCAGGAGCAGCAGAGCAACGAGGUCCCCAGAAGACAAGCAGCAGACUUGGACUCUGAUACCAGCCAUGUUCAGAUGCCCUCAGCAGACGUCAAGCUGGUGACCGUAGCAGGAAAGAAGGGCAAAAAGGCUGAGGAGGAGGAGCAGCCUGCAGCAGCAGCAGCAGAAGCAGCAGCGGCACCACCAGCAGCCACCGCCACAGCAGCAACAGCAUCAGAGGAGGAGGAAGAAGAGGAGUAUAUGGUGGAGGUUUUGGAUCGCAGAGUGGUGAAGGGGAGAGUAGAGUUUCUGCUGAAAUGGAAGGGGUUCUCAGAGUAUGAUUAGGAUAACACAUGGGAACCGCAGGACAACCUGGACUGCCCCAACCUUAUCGCCGAGUACAUGCAGAAACACAAGGAGAAGGAGGAGAAAAGAAGGAGGGCAAGAGGAAAGUUGUCAGUGAAGCCUUGGGAGACUGAGAGGAGCGUGGGAGCAAGAGGAAGAAGGAGGAGAAACGGAGAGG